GCCACCAGAAACUUUGCACUUGUACCUAGUUGUGUUAUUAACCAAUUUAUUUAUUAUCAAGUUGUGGUUUCUUGCUGAGGCUGAAAGAUUAAGAUAUUAUUUUUUAUAAAAAAAUUUCAUUUGAACAAAGAAAAUAUGUAUUAUAUAUCUGGAAUUUUGUCAAUAAUAGCGUUAAUUGCUCUAUCAAAAUUUUCCAGAUAUAUGACAACUUACAAAAUACCUGAAGCUGAGCUGAAGAAACGACAGUCAAGUACUCCGAAGAAUUCAGAACUAUGAAGGUUAAGAAGGAUGAUUCGAAAAAUAAGAAGAAGAAAAGUAAACUUCAACAAGUCGUCAAUCCCGGAAUUAAAAAAACCAAAAAAACUGAAAAGGUCAAAGUAGAACCUAAUACCGAAGUAGGAGAAUCGAUUAAAAAAGAAUUAACUACGUUAGCGGGAAACCAGUCAACUUCAAAAUGCCCUUUGAGACAAGAGCGAUGGAAUUCUUACUUGAAAGUGUUCCUAUUACACGAAAAAUUGAAUAAAAAGCAAAGACUUAUUGUCGAAUUUUGCACGACUAAAGGUGUUACUGCACCUAGAAGAAAAGCUAAAUUUUUGAAUUUUGUUCGAAGUUGUUAUUGCCAUCAAGCCGAUGUUAGCGACGAAUUAGUUAAUGAAUUAUUCGACAACAUUUUGCAAAAGUAUCCCGAAUUCAAGUUGGGAAAAUAUCAUAAUUCUGAUCCUAACGAGCCUGUUCAACUUCCGCCCAAAAUAGGCGUCAAUAAGAAGAAGAAAUUAAAACGACUUGCCGAAGCGAAAGCUAAUUCUUCGCCCAAGAAAUCACCUACAAAAAUUAAAGUUGAGAAGGAAGACGGUGAAGAGAAAUGGACAAAAGUCAAAUCGAAGAAGAGGAAACCGAAAACUCCCAAUAAAGUUGAAAGUAAUGCAGAUAUGGAGACAGAUAACCAAACUUGAUUCGAAAACUUUGUUUUCUCCUCUUACUUGUAGUAUUUGUAUCAUCUCAGGCUUUGAUCUAUACCUACUUUAUUCAAAGGUCUCAGGUUUCGCAAUACAUAAAACUUUUCUUUAUAUUGUGAAGACGUUUGUUCAUUUCAUUUUUCCUUCUUCAAAUUUUUAAUUAAUCUUAAAGUAUUUUCCCAUCGUAUACGUGUAAGUUGUGUUGUGUUUACCUUGAAUUAGAGCAGACAGGCCCAGCGUCUAUACCUUGAAUUUUAAAAAUUGUCAUUAUUUCUCUUUUAUUACUAGAAAAACUGCAGAAAUUAGAUUCUUGUGAAGUGAUGGAUCAGCAUCCAUCUUUGUAUUUUGUUUUAUUAUUUUUAAGAAUAACGUUUCGUAAAUGAAAAAGGGACUCUUUACUAUGAAAAUCAUUGACACUAUUCCGUAAACAUUUUUGUGUUUGAUUUAUGAACAGCGCGUAUACCUAAUGUGUGUUGUAUUCAUGAUGAAUAAAUAAAUGAGAUUAUUCAGUUAAAUAUAAUAUUAGAACUCUAGUGUAGGCCGUAGACUUGAUACAUGAUCAUUGAACUUUCAAGUUUUCAAUUAUUUCGUUGUAAAUAACUAUAGUAAGCCGUAUUUUAUUUUCUAUUGUGUUAGAAGUAGAUUAUUCGUUUACCACAAACCAAAAGACAUUAUGGUUUAAUUUUAAUCAUCGUUCAUUUUGUUUUAUGUGACUAAGUGAAAAACAAUGGUGUAAUUUUAAAAUUUCAAUGAUCAAAUAAAUCAAAUUCAAUCUGUA